AUGGUUUACGAGAGUGACUUCUACACCACCCGCCGGCCCUACCGGUCCAACUACAGCGUGACGCGGGCGGGCGAUUGGGACAAGGUGCCGUUUGUUCCGCGGCCCAGCCUCGUGCCGGAUCCCGUCACGGCGUUCGGGCGCAAGGCGAGGCCCGGGGCGCGCGUCUCCAUCCUCGAGCCGACCGUGAGGCAGAACAUCCCGCCCAAGCCCGAGUCGAAGCUGGCGCCGCUCGCGCCUUACGUGUCCCCUCGCGAUCAGACUAGGGCGCGCGUGCUCGCCGCCGUUGGACACCGCGAGCGCGCCUACGAAGCGGAUCCUCUGGGCACCCCGCGCGACCACAUGGACGUGCUGCUUGCGCAGGCGCACGGGGUCGGGCGGGUGCGAGGGCGUGCGAAGGUCGCUAAGGGCGCGGUUGUUGCAGACCCCGCGUCACUACGUGGUCUUGGACCGGGAUCCGGCCGGGCGCCGCGCCGAGGAGCAAUACUCUUACUCGUACUCGAGCACGUCGGAGAGGUCCACGGGCAGCGGACUGCCGCAGCGCAACUCCUACAGCAGCUCGGUGGAGCGGCGCACGGGCUCCGGCCCGGGAGGCUACUCUUACACGAGCGAGCGUUCGAGCAGCUUGGGUGGACCCAGCGGCUACUCAUACUCUUCAACGAGCAGCGGCCGCCUGCCCUACGGCACCAACUACCGCCACUACUCAUACCGCGUCUAGCGCCCCGGCUCCCGCCCCAGCUCCGGUCCGACUUCCUUUCGCCCCUAAUCACCCUUUCGACCUAA